UGCGGUACCGAUAACCAUCAAGCUAUUAUUGUCCACUUGGGCCUGUACUUUUUUCCUUAUGCAAUUAUACUUUUCUUCAUACCCUGUUGGCUACUUUUUCUUCUCCUUAUUUUACUAUAUAGUUCUGUACAUCCUGUAAACUGGAUAAUAGUUACUCUUUGCUUUCCUUCUGCUUCUAUUAUUGGUUUAGUGCAUUUUCAUGUAAUUUGUCCCAUUCUUAUCUGAGUGAUUGAUUCUUAACCGGAAAAUAAACAUUGUUUCCUGACUGCUGUUUGAUGUUUUUUCCCACUUUACUAGAUGUACACAAUCAUCUUCUUAAUUAUCAUUGCUUUAACAUUUUGAUUGCCACUUAAUUUUUAGCCAUCACUUAAUUUUGUAAAUGAUAUUGUUUCUGUUUCAAGUUUGGGGAUGACUAAUUGUCUCAUAGUUUUGUACAUUUCUUCUCACUUAAGGUCCCAUUCCUCGGCUUUUUACCCUUUACUGCUCGAGUAGAAUGUUAUUGUUGAUCAGAAGCAUUAUCACAUUCUUGAAGUGGCUCGGUUCAUCAAUGGUACUUCUGUCUUCAGUUUGUUCUGAGCUGAGAUCAUUCAUAUGCCAUGUACAUAAUAAACUGUAGAUGCUUUCUCUGUCCUCACUGGCACCACUCUCAGUUAGUGCUCUCUAUAUAUAUUCUUAUUUUAAUUUUUGAGUCUUUGGGCGCAUGCGGUUCAUUCAUAUUUGCACCUGUAAAUGCAAAACGUUUGUUUCUUGUUUUAUUACAUGUUCCUGUUUGCGCUUUAAUUGCAAAAAUAAGGGUUAUUUGGUUAUGUUUACUCAUAAGCACAGAACAAGGGUAUCAAACAUCAUGUCAUUUUCUUUGAUCACCUUCCCCAUCUUGCUGACAGUGGUCUGCCACUUCUAUAUGUUCUGUAGUCUCACAUUUCUUGAUAUUUGCCCUCUUCUCGUUUCUUCUCAUGUUGAUCUGAUUGAAACUCCCCUAUUCAUCUUGCUACUGCUAAGUCCUGUGUCAUUCUUCUUCUUUUAUUUGUGCUUAUGGUUUACUAUAUCCUGUAGCUGUGUUAGCCACAUCCUUUGGUUCUUCCAUCAUGCCUUCAACUGUUGAUCUUCUUACUUUGGUUGCACCAUGACUUUUGUCAACUUGAUAGGCUAGUGUCUCUUGCUAUUAACAACUUCCUCUAUAGUUCUUUAGAAAGAACUAUGAAUUUAUUUUCAGGUUGCAAUUAUCUCAAAGAGGCAAUAAGCUAUAUUUGUGGAGGCUGAUGUGCAAUAGGAUCCCCAAUUACGGGCUUCUAAUUUUUGUUGUUCUGUCUAUAAGAUCCAUACCUGAUUUGAUGGUUCCUUGGAGUGUAAUACAGGCUUUUGGACACUCACGGUCUCAAGAGCAUGACAAUUUUCUCUUUUGAGAAGAAAGGGUAUGAAGUAUGACAUUUGUUACAAAAUGACAUUCAUUUUCCUUGCCAAGAUGUUGCCAUAAUAACCUAAUUGUUGUGGCAUAGUUAUCAAUGGGCACGUUGUCAACUAAACAUGAAAAAUAGAUUUGUCCAUAGGGAUCUUUAGAAGGUUAGCUCAUGCAACCUUCUCCAAUUCUUUUCAUGCAGAUCUUUCCGGAGGCCUUUUUUGCUGCUUUUUUUUUUGUAAUAUGCAUGACCAGGUUCUGUUUGUUCACACCUAUCCUGGAUGAACUGUCCAUGGGUUGCUCUUCUUCAGCCGAUCAUUCAUGCUUUUAAAUUCAACCCAUCGAUAAGAACCUUUGAGAUAAAGGAUCUCAGCCACUUUGAGGCUGUGGCUAAAAUUGUGGUCCAUCGGCACUUCAAUUCACAACUAGACCCGGAUAUGAUUUGUGCUAUUGCUGAAAUUUCAAGUGGCAGACAAAUUGUUGCACAGCAGUAUGAUCAGAAGAAUAAGGAGAUAAGAAUCGGGAUCAUGCAGGUUGUUCCGGAAAUUGCAGAAUGGCUAGUAAGGGAAUUGGGCUACAGGAAUUUUAAUAUUGAGGGAAACCCAGCUCUGCUCUACAGGCCUUUUAUAAAUGUAUACUUUGGUGCGGCUUAUAUAAAGUGGCUGUCCUGUUGUGAUGGGAAAGAAAGAAGUGAAGAAUUUGUUAUUAGAUCUUACAAAGGGGGCAUAAAGAAGGCAAGUCACAAAUCAACAAGGGACUACUUCCAACGCUAUCUAUCUGUCAGAGAGAGUUUGACACCCAAGAGAGAACAAGGAAUGUAUGAUAACAAUUCCUUUUCUCGGGAGACUUUGAGUACUCGUACAAUUGCAGGUGAAGAAUGGAGUUAUUGGGACUCAAGAGUAUCUCCUCCGGACAUGGAAGAACUGUGGAAUAAUCCUAAUGUUUUAAUGGAGUGGACAAAAUCUGGCGAGAGGCGCGGCAAAGUACGUUUUUCACAUAACAGCGAAAAUAAACCGUAUCUUUCUCGAGUUGAGGUGAAGGCUGUUGCAGAAAUCAUUAUUUCACGGUAUUUCAGUUCAAGAGGAGUACAAUCUACAGCUUUAGCUGCCCUUGCUGAGGUAGUUGGCAUGCGCUUUGUGAAUGGUGUACGUGCACGUACAGGUUUAAUGGGAAUUGACUAUGCUACUGCUGCUUGGCUAUACAAGGAUCUUGGCUAUAGGGCAUAUGAAGUCAAAUCUGUGGAUGACCUAUACAAUCCAUUUGUGUCUAUGUACUUUGGUGCAGCCUACCUGUCCUGGUUGUCAGAAUACGAAGGGAGGCAAAGAAGUCACAAUUUUAUUAUUCAAGCUUAUCUGGGAGGUCCGGAGAAGGUUAAUCUUCAGGAAACAGGCCCAUUUUGGACCAAGUUUCAGGAGGCCUUAAGCUACUAUGAUGACCCAAAAAAGGAUUCUGGGAGUUGCUACAUUUUAUGAGACAUCUGGUUGUUGUUUCUACUGUAAAUUGGGCAGAGGAAUUGUACUGUGGAAAUUCACAAAUUGGCUGACUUGAGGUUGCAGGAUCAAAAAUUGAGGGCCCCUCUCACUCUUUCCCUUGGAGAGAGGGAUACGGUUUUAUUGGGUGCCAGUGCCCGAUUUCUCGAAGAAUGUUUAUUGCUAGUUAGUACAUCUCUCUCAAAACCAAUGAAGUUGUCUGUUUUUUCUGUUGUAAAAUAUAGUUGAAAUAAAACCAAUUGUACACAAUAUGCUUCUUAUGAUUUAUUAACCUUUAUCAUCAAUUAAAGAAAUUUUCUUUAUUGUGAUAGAAAA